UUAAGCAUUAUAAGAACAUCUUCUAUUUAAGUUUCAUUAUUAUUUAAGAAAUUUUUUGGUAACUUAAUGAAACGAAAUAGUUAAAAAUGGAUUCCGUCUUUGACCAGGCGCUUAUAGAAAUAGGCCAAGAUGGUAGAUUUCAGAAAAAGUUUGAUAUUAUUUAUAAUGUAAUUUUCGCGGUUUUAUGGCCAAUGGCAUACAUGAAUUUAAUAUUAGCUUUAGUAGUGGUUCCCCAUAUGUGUGAAGUGUCUGGAAAACCCGAUAGUGUUAGUGAACAUUAUUGGAAAGAAUUAAAUAUUCCUCAGUAUACAAAUGCCGCUGGCGAAAUAAAGUUUGAAAGUUGUUUGAUGUACAUCAAUGGAUCUACUAGUAACAAUACUAAAGCAUGUGAUAAAUAUGAAUACGAUAAAACUUGGUACGAAGAAACAGUUCCAACAAAAAAUAAUUGGGUUUGCGACAAAGAAUUAUACGUUGCGAAUAUUUUUGCUGCGAGCAAGAUUGGAGAACUUGUUGGAUCUAUGGUUUUCGGAUGGUUUGGAGACACAUAUGGGCGGCGUCCUGCGUAUAUAAUAGCCCUUGUUUUGCUUGUAUUGGGUCGAGUUAUUUCAUUGUUUGCGGGACAAUCAUUCGUAUUAUUUGUAAUCGGAUGUGUGGUAGCUGCGUUCCCAUCAUGGUCUGCUAUCCAAAGCGUCACUGUUAUAUCCAUGGAGUUAUCCUCUGCGGAACGUCGCUCCACCACCGCGACGUUACGAUUCGCAGGUUGGAGUGUUGGCAUGGCACUAAUGGCAUUAUUGUUUUGGUGGCUAAGACAUUGGCGAACAUUUUUCAUUGCCACUACUAUUCUACAGGUUCCCUUUGUUAUAUUUUCUUGGAAGAUGAUUGAGUCACCACGAUGGUUAUGGAUUCAGGGACAAUCGAAAAAAUGUGUUAAGUACCUAAAGCAAAUAGCAAAAGAAAAUAAAAAAGACCUAUCUUUGGAAACAGAGAAUUCAAUACUAACUGUAAAACCUGUACAAAAUAACGAAACCUUGGGAUAUAUUGCGUUAUUUUCAGGGUGGACGUUGGCUAAAACGACUACUCUACAAUUAGUGUUUUGGGUUUGCAUAAGUGUGAACUACACAGUUAUAAUGAUGAGUUCGGGAGACAAAUCAGAUGGGAAUCCUUUCUUGGAGUUCUUAUGGCAGGCAUUGGCUGAAGUACCGGGAUAUUUUUUAGCUGCCUGGCUAGCCGACCGGAUUGGUCGUCGGAACACGGGCGUCUUGUCUUUCAGUAUCAGUGCUUGCAUGUGGAUUAUCCAUGUGUUGCGGGAAAACAGUUCUAACGCAAUUUUUCGGCACUCAUUGACGAGCACUGCUAUAGUGAUUGUUACCAGGCUGUCGGCAACAAUGGGUUAUUAUAUAAUAAACAUACUUAAUUUUGAACUGUAUCCGACAUGUAUCCGACAGUCAGGAAUGUCACUAGGGAAUUUAUUUUCUAGUGGAGGUUCUGCUUUAGCUCCUUACAUAUUUUAUUUGGGACAUCGUGUUAAUUUGCAGCUGUCGUCUGUAAUAUUAACAGGCGUUUCAGUUAUCGGAGUUAUCAGCACCUUGUUAUUGCCUGAAACAUUAAAUAAAAAAUUGCCUGAAACAAUUGAAGAUGCCCAAGUAUUUGGAAAAAACACUCAAACGUAUACACCAGUACUUUUAAACACUAGUGGUGACGAUCCGGUGGCGCCCGUGGAAAAAAAUUAAAACAUUA